AUGGCAUCCUUUUCAAACAGCCUAAAAGACCCAAGUCUUUUUAUCCAAAAAUCUUACAUUGAUGGCCAAUGGGUCUCGUCAAAGUCCAACAAGACUUUAAACGUUUACGACCCAGCCAACGAGGCGCUCAUUGGAACAUGCCCUGAAUCAAACACAGACGACAUCAAUGCCGCUAUUCAAGCCGCAGCUGCCGCUUUCCCCACAUGGAGAUCUCAAUCAGGCCGUCAGCGCGGACGCAUUCUUCGUCGCUUCUAUGAGCUCGUGGUCGAGAACAAAGAAGACAUUGGCAAAAUCAUCACAGCUGAAAACGGCAAAGCCAAGGGUGAUGCCGAGGGAGAGGCACUCUUCUCAGCUGGAUUCUUUGAAUGGUUCUCGGAAGAGGCACCCCGCAUCUAUGGCGACGUCAUUCCUCACAGCAACCCCUCUAGUCGCACACAGGUUUUGAAGGAGCCUGUUGGUGUAUGUGGACUGAUCACACCAUGGAACUUCCCCAUGGCUAUGGGGGCACGCAAGGUGGCUGCUGCUUUGGCUGCAGGCUGCACUGUGGUGAUGAAGUCCGACGGUUUGACUCCAUUCUCUUCAAACGCCCUGGCUGUACUUGGAGAGCGCGCUGGUGUUCCCAAGGGUGUUUUCAACGUCAUCACAGCGCUUGAUAACACCCCAUCUCUUGGAUCGACACUUUGCGAGUCUGAUAUCGUGAAGAAGAUUUCCUUCACCGGGUCGACGCGCGUCGGCAAGCUCCUCAUGAAGCAAUCGAGCAACACUCUCAAGAAGCUCAGUCUCGAACUUGGUGGAAACGCUCCUUUCAUUGUGUUUGAUGAUGCCGAUAUCGAGACGGCUGUUACUAGUGCCGUGAUUAGCAAGUUCAAGGUUACCGGCCAGACUUGUGUUUGCGCAAACCGAUUCUUCGUUCAGGAUGGUAUCUAUGAGAAGUUCAGCAAGCGUCUAGUUGAGGAGAUGAAGAAAAGCCAAGUUGGCAAUGGCCAAGAUGCCGCCUCAACACAUGGUCCGCUGACAAAUGGCGUUUCCAAGACACAGGAGCACAUCCAGGAUGCCGUUAGCAAAAAUGCCACCGUCCUCCUCGGUGGCAAGACACUACCAUCAAUGGGCAAGAACUUCCAUGAGCUCACCAUCUUGGGUGAUGUGAAUGAUUCCAUGCAAGUUACAACCGAAGAGACAUUCGGACCUGUCGCAGCGCUGUCUCGAUUCUCCAGCGAGGAUGAGGUUGUCCGCCGUGCCAACAAUUGUGAGGUCGGUCUGGCAUCUUACCUGAUGACAAGUGAUUUGAGCCGAGCGAACCGUGUGUCGGAGCGUCUGGAAUUCGGCAUGGUCGCUAUCAACACCGGCGUGAUCUCCGACUGGGCUGCACCUUUCGGAGGUGUCAAGCACUCUGGUAUGGGACGAGAGGGCAGUAAGUAUGGUGUCGAAGACUACAUGAAUAUCAAGAUGGUCGUGACCGGGGGUAUCAACACCGCGUAUUCGUCCAAUUUGUAA